AUGGUGGGGCCUCCAGAUCCUGUUUCAAAUUUGAGAACUAUAAUAUUUAAAGAACCGUUAAAUGAAACUCAUUUAGAAAAAAGAUACAGAAAGUUAAGAGCAGACGUACAGGAGUGGAAUCAAAAAUUUUGGACCCAACACAACUCAAGAUUUUACCAGGAGCGAGAAGACUAUGUAAAGAAAAACUUGCCAGCUGACAAACAAAACUUAACUGCCGAUGAGAUGAGUGUGUUCUACAAAGCUUUUUUAGACAAAAACUGGAAAUUACAUUUAAAUUAUAACAUGGAAUGGUACAAAAAGAAUUUCACCCUCUUGAAAUUGGCGUUGAGAAUAAAACUAAUGAGACUACUGAGAUUAAAAGAUUAG